AUGGUCGCAAAAGGACGCGCGGCUGCUUACGCGACACAAACCCCUACGCUAUGCCGCGUUAGGCAGCUUCCGAAAGAGUCGACCAGAGACGUGCAAGAAAUGGAAGAGUUGUCUGCUGCACUUGAUGGACCUUUUACAGAAGCGGUGGACAACUCCGAAACAUCUGGAGAUGAGCUCUUAGUGGGCCCUGCACUUCUUGUAAGGGAGCAAAGGACUCGCGCGGCCAGACUUUACAACAAUGUCGUCACGUGGUCGCUUUGGUAUGCCCACACUAACGGUAUGCCAAAGGAUGGCUGGAUUGUUGACGUGGAGAAGUUCGUGUGCGGCUGCAAAUUCUACAAUAAGUUUAAAACCUGCUGCCACAUUGUGAUCGCGCGCAAGGUAAAGAGUCUAAGUCGUCCGGGUGUUGAAGACAAAUCCGAGAAGCUGAUUAACCGGCAAGUCCGCAAGAUCAAAAGUGGCUCGCUGGGGAAGCGCAGCAAAACAGAAGAGAAAGCGGUUACUAACGUUGCCGCAGAAACAGAAGUGCCACUACAAGAGUCAAGUGAUGGCCGCCCACUGUUAGCGUCUAGGGCCCUGGACUUGCAGUACGUCUUGUGCUCGGACACGUGA